AUGGCUUCAUCAAUUGAGACCUCCAAAUUUAGCAGCCAUUUCCGGUCAAUCAGCUUGCCUUGUAGGAGCCACCCUCUCACGACCACCGUAGAGGAGCAUUUGUCUAGGCUCAGAUCAUCUGAAGCAGUGUCCUCAUCGUCAUCCUCAUCGGCAUCCAAAAUUUUGGGAGAACUCAAGAGCCUGUAUGAUUGCAUCGAUGACUUACUUCAGUUGCCUCUCACUCAACAGGCUCUUUCCCACCUGAGAAGUCCAGCUGAAGAGUCGUUGGAUGGUUCUCUCCAGCUGUUAGAUGCUUGCGGUAAUGUGAGAGAAGCUUUCUCACAGAUGAAGGAAUGUGUCCAGGAGCUCAAGUCUUCUUUCCGAAGAAGGAAAAGAGGAGAUUCCAGCUUCGCCUAUGAAGUAGAAGCAUACAUCAACUCUAGAAAGAAGUUGACCAAAGUCAUCUCCAAGUACUUGAGAAAUUUGAAGAAGAAGGGCCCAAACAAGGGCUCUCCCGACGAAGCUACCCUUAGCAUUCUAAGAGAAGCUGGAGAAAUCAGCCUUUCUGUAUUCCAGUCCCUCUUACGUUUCUUUGCUCUGGCGAGUGCGAGCUCAAAGCCUAGAGGCUGGUCUCUCGUGUCAAAACUGCUGGAAGCUAAACGUGUUUCAUGUGAUGGAGGAGAAGAAACCAAUGAAGUGCAAGGCUUGGACGCCACGGUACUCUCCCUCAGAUCGAGCAAAGACAUCAUUAAUCAAAUAGGUGAUCUUUCAAAGCGAUUGGAUGCUCUAGAGUUGAGCAUUCAAGAAAUUGAGGAGGACUUAGAAUGCAUUUUCCGGCGCCUAGUGAAAUUGAGGGUUUCCCUUCUCAACAUUGUUAACCACUAG